GAUUUUCACACUUUACAGAAUGUUGCAAUUCAGAUGGUUGCGGUUGUUUAUUAGAAGAAACACAUCCCCGAUACAUGUGGACCGUGCACUUCAAUGGAAAAAGCGCCUAUCGAUACUCUAUGCUGUUUUAGCAUGGCAUGCAUUUGGCGGUGUAUUGUACAUGUGUUACACAGGCAAACGUGACUGGAUGAGAGCAGAGGGUUAUGUCCCUGACGUAGACGUACUUCCUGCAAGGAGCUGGGCGCACACCCUAGGAAUCCCACAAGCACAGGUAAUACAAAUGUCUGGGUUUAAAAUAAAAGGAUCAUACGAAAUAAAGGAGGGCGAAGAUCUGUAUAUUGGAACGGCCGCUGAACGCACUGUUGGAAAUGAAGAGGCAGUGUCAAGUAGAAAUGAUUCCACGUAACAAGUGGUGAUUAAUACUUCAGUUUUUACAUUGUAAAAUAGUCAUAAUAAAAUACAUGAUAACACAAA